AUGUCAGACAUCAAUCCCACUUCUGGGGAAGGUCAGAAACCGCGGAACACACACAAUGCAGCAUGCCACUGUGGAAAUGUGAAGUUCACAGUCACUUUGGACAAGCCUUUCCCUCUACAGAAAGUAAAUAAGUGCAACUGCACAAUCUGUACUCAAAAAGGCUACGUUUUUGUUUACCCACCACGUCGGGAUAUCAAAUUUACGCAAGGAUAUGAAACUAUGGGAGCCUAUAAAUUCAAUACCAAGCUUAAAACCCACAAGUUCUGUACGAACUGCGGAACCAGCAUUCUGAUCGACUUUCACGGCACGUCGCCUGCUAAGCCUGACCCAGACAAUGACAUUUUAGCCAUCAAUGUGAGAAACUUCACCGAUAUCGAUAUGGAUGCCAUGGAGUACACCUACUUCGAUGGAAGGAAGUUGAUACCUCGUGUGGAUUAG